UCGAGUCGCCCGUCUACCAACUUUCUACCCAUGGUAUUCUCACAAAUAAAUAAUUCCGAAUAUUUGAGAUUGUGAGGUUAGUUAAAUUUUAUACUCACGUGUCAACUUUUUUAUCGUUUUCAACUAAAAUUUCAACAUGAAAAAUAAAAAAAGGACAAAAGUAACCGAAACAAUCAAGGAAGUGGGAGAAUUAGAAGACAUAAAUAUGAACGAAGUCACAGAUUCUGAAGAAGAAUAUUCCGAAACUGAGUGGAAAUUACUUCAAAAAGUACGAAACAGAUCUUCUUCCGAAACUUAUGAUAGCGAUUACGAGGUUUAUGGAUUAAAUGAUGCGAACGAUGAUGUUGAAAGCGAAGAACAAGCAGACUCGAUGGAGUCCGAUAUCGAAGGACUAAAGGAUGAUUUUGAUUUACCAAACGAAAAAGCUUGGGGUAAAAAAAAGAGAGCAUAUUAUUCUACAGAUUAUGUUGAUCCUGAUUAUGCUACUGCUAGUCAAAAAGAUUUAGCUGAAGCAGAAAUAGAAGAAGAAGAAGCUAGAAGUAUUCAGAAAAGGUUGGCAGAACAAUUGGACGAUGCUGACUUUGGUUUAGAUUUCAUAGAAUCACAGAAGGACGAUAAUAAGGAAAUUCAUAAAUAUACAGAACAAUUUAUAAAGACUGACCUUAGCAAGCUUAGUAAAAGGCAAAAACAAGUAAUAAUGCAAAAAGAAAAUCCUGAAUUUAUGGCCCUUGUAAAUGAUUUUAAAGAUCGCAUGAUAGAAGCAAGGGAUACAUUGGCACCAUUUCUGAAAUUAGUUAAAAGCAGUGUACUUUGCAACUCUUCUGCAAUCACUUUUGUAAAAACAAAAUAUCAUGUUUUAUUAAAUUACUGUAUCAAUAUUUUAUUUUAUUUGAUGCUCAAAGCCAAAAGGUUGCCUGUAAAUUCUCAUCCAGUUAUAAAACGUUUGGCUCAGUAUCGUCAGUUAUUAAAUCAAUUGGAAUCAGAACAAGGAAACUUAGUGCAAGAAAUUCACGAGAUAUUAAAAGCCGAGCGACAUGGCAAACCGUUAUAUAAUAUAUUUGAUGAAACUAACGUAAAUAUUAAUAAAAAGAAAGUAACUAGUAGUUGUUUAAAAGAAAAACUGAGUAAUCUGAAACAAUCUGUAAGACGAGAAGAUACGAAUACUCAUUUAACUGAAUUCGAAAGUGAAUUUGAAAAUGAAUCUAUAGAUAAAGUAAUAGACAAAGAAUUUACAGAUGAGCAAGAAUUAGAAAAUCAUGUAUCCAUGGAUGAAUACAAGGAAGAACAAGAUGCCGGUAUGGCAGAUUCGGUAACCGAAAACGAAGGAAAGAGAGCAAUUACAUAUCAAAUAGCAAAGAAUAAAGGUUUAACACCGCAUCGUAAAAAAGAGCAACGCAAUCCUAGAGUAAAACAUAGGAAUAAAUAUCGUAAAGCUAAAAUUCGAAGGAAGGGAGCGGUUAGAGAAGUGAGAAAAGAAAUUACUCGUUAUACUGGAGAAAUAUCUGGCAUUAAAGCUAGUGUAAAGAAAAGUAUUAAAUUAAAAUAAAAAAGCAAAACAAAACUAUUGUAAAUACAUUAAAGAUUGUAAAACUAGUUUAUUCUCUAAAGUAUAUGCAUUCUUUUACAAAUGUAAAUGUAGAUACAUGAAACAAUAGUAUCAUUAUUUUGACAAUAUUCACAGGCUUUAUUCUAUUUCUAUUGUUAACAGUACAAAUUAACUAAGAAAUGUUUUGUUUAAUGAAAAUAUAGCCAGGAAUAACACAGAAAGCGAUAAUUAUAUAAACAUAAUGAAUAAAUGAUUUAUUUUCUUUUAUA